GGGUCAAAGAAAGGAACAAAUGAUGGAACAAGCCGAGCAUGAAAGGCUUGAAGGCUUUUUAAAAUGGGCAGCAGCAGAACUUGGAAUUUCAGAUUCAUCAAACAGUUCCCAAUCUUUAGAAGAACCCAAUUCCUGUUUAGGCAUUUCUCUCACUGUCUCUCAUUUUCCUGAUGCAGGCGGAAGAGGUCUGGGUGCUGCACGUGAUCUUAAGAAAGGUGAAUUGGUUCUUAGAGUUCCAAAAUCUGCACUGCUAACUAAAGAUAGUUUUUUGAAAGAUGGAUUACUCUUAUCUGCCAUUAACAAUCACUCUGCUCUUUCCCCUACUCAGACGCUGACUGUUUGUUUGCUAUAUGAAAUGAGUAAAGGACAGAGUUCGUUUUGGUAUCCUUAUUUGAUGCAUUUGCCUCGCAGUUAUGAGAUUCUAGCUACUUUCAGUGAGUUUGAAAAGCAAGCUUUGCAAGUGGAUGAUGCUAUUUGGACAGCAGAAAAGGCCAUAUCCAAGGCUGAGUUGGAUAGAAAAGAAGCUUAUUCUUUGAUGCAAGAGCUUAGACUUAAGCCUCAAUUUCUUACUCUUAGGGCGUGGAUUUGGGCUUGUGCAACUAUAUCCUCACGCACAAUGCAUAUACCUUGGGAUGAAGCUGGAUGCCUAUGUCCAGUUGGAGACUUUUUCAAUUAUGCUGCUCCAGGAGAGGAGUCAAGUAGCCCUGAAAAUGACGAGAGUUGGAAGCCUGCUUCUUGCUUGGAAGAUGCUUCUUUGUCAAGUGAACGUUCUACAAGUAACUUCUGUUCAGAGACAUUUGAUGUGCAGUUAAAGAGCUUGACAGAUGGUGGGUUUGAUGAAGAUAAAGCUGCAUAUUGCUUCUAUGCUAGGCAAAAUUAUAAAAAGGGGGCGCAGGUUCUGUUAAGUUAUGGAACUUACACAAAUUUGGAGCUCCUUGAACACUAUGGGUUUCUCCUAAAUGAAAAUCCAAAUGACAAGGUAUUUAUUCCCUUGGAGCUGAGCAUGCAAUCCUCCAAUACAUGGCCAAAGGAGUCUAUGUACAUCCAUCAAGAUGGGAAACCAUCUUUUUCCUUGUUAUGUGCUUUGCGGCUAUGGGCAACUCCUUCAAAUCGGCGAAGGUCUAUGGGACACCUUGCUUACUCUGGUUCUCAACUUUCUGUGGAAAAUGAGGUAUCUAUUUUGAAAUGGAUAUCAAGAAAGUGCCAUGCAGUUUUAAAAAAAUUGCCGACAACAGUUGAAGAAGAUAGCUUGCUCUUAUCUGCCAUAGACAAAAUCCAAAAUUGCCAUAGCCCUUUGGAGCUGGGGAAGAUGCUACAUGGAUUUGAAGGGCAGGCUUCUGCUUUCGUGGAAGCCCAUAAUCUGCUGAACAUAAAAAUUGGCACAGAGUCGACAAUGUUAUGCGGUAAGGCCAAGAGAUCAAUGGAACGGUGGAAACUAGCGGUUAAGUGGAGGUUAAGCUAUAAGAAGACACUCAUUGAUUGCAUUUCUUAUUGUACUGAAGUCAUCGAUUCUCUGUCAAUGGAAAAUGUUUCAACUGCAGGAACUAAAUAAUGCAGAAAUUAGCAUGUUUUUGUUAUAUUACAAUAUAUUCCUACACUGGGAUGAGGGUUGGCAAAUCGUAACAAUUCCAUUGAGAUUCUGUCGACCCUCUUUGCACAUUUUGGAGGCCUGAUUAUCAAAUAUGGGAUUAUGCUGAAAGCGUAAUAGUUUCAGAACACAAUUUCAAAUUUCA